AUGAAUUCGUCGUAUCAACGUUUAUUCAUUGUAUCAGUUAUGGUUCUCUGUUUAACGUUUACCACGGCUCACCCGCCAUCUCGUCUACCUGGACAUCGUGGUUUUCUUCUAUGUCACAUAUCUCCAGUUGCUUGUAAACGUGAUUUAUCGAAUGAAAACGAAGUCAAAGAAAUCCCAUCGAUGAUAACUAUUGCAGAUUAUCUUCAGAUAUGUAUUUCUACGGGGAAAUCAUUCGACAACUGUCUUCAACAUCCAUUCAAUCACGGAUUGAUUAAAUAA